AUGGCCGCCGAAAUCAACCUUACGAAGCCCAACAUUGGCGUCUACACGAAUCCCAACCAUGACCUGUGGGUCGCAGACGCAAAGCCCACUCUGGAAGAGGUGAAGAGCGGCAGCGACCUCAAACCCGGCCAGGUGACGGUCGAAGUCCGCAGCACGGGCAUUUGCGGAUCAGACGUUCACUUCUGGCAUGCUGGCUGCAUCGGUCCCAUGAUCGUGACGGGGGACCACAUCCUGGGUCAUGAGUCUGCGGGCGUUGUCAUUGCCGUUGCCCCUGACGUGAAGACACUGAAGCCCGGCGACCGCGUUGCGAUUGAGCCCAACAUCAUCUGCAACAAGUGCGAGCCCUGUCUGACCGGUCGCUACAACGGCUGUGAGAAUGUCGAGUUCCUGUCGACGCCCCCGGUCGACGGUCUGCUCCGACGCUAUGUCAACCACCCGGCCAUCUGGUGUCAUAAGAUUGGCGAUAUGAGUUUUGAGGAUGGCGCCCUGCUCGAGCCUCUCAGUGUCGCCCUCGCCGGUAUGGACCGCGCUGGAGUUCGUCUGGGAGAUCCCGUUCUGGUCGCCGGAGCCGGCCCCAUCGGCUUGGUGACUUUGCUUUGCGUCCGCGCUGCAGGCGCCACCCCUAUCGUGAUCACCGAUAUCGACGAGGGUCGUUUGCGCUUCGCCAAGGAACUGGUGCCUGAGGUUCGCACCUACAAGGUCCAGCCGGGACUUUCUCCCGAGGAGAACGCAGCGGGGAUUCUGGACGCAUUGAAUGACGGGAAUGGCAGUGCUCCCGACGCGAUUCGACCCCGUGUGGCCAUGGAAUGCACCGGAGUGGAGAGCAGCGUUGCGUCCGCGAUCUGGAGCGUCAAGUUCGGAGGUAAAGUCUUUGUGAUCGGCGUGGGCAAGAACGAGAUGAAGGUGCCUUUUAUGCGGUUGAGCACGUGGGAAAUCGACCUGCAGUACCAGUACCGCUACUGCAACACCUGGCCCAAGGCGAUCCGUCUGGUCAAGAACGGGGUGAUCAACCUGAAGAAGCUGGUCACCCACCGGUUCCCGCUGGAGGAUGCGGUCAAGGCGUUUGAGACGGCGGCCAACCCCAAGACGGGAGCGAUCAAGGUGCAGAUCAUGAGCUCGGAGGAGGAUAUCAAGGCUGCCAACGGGGUGAAUGGUGCGAGCAGUUGA